AUGAGACCAAUUCAAUUUCUAGAAAGGUUAUCCAACGACUUGACUGAUCUACUUAAUGAUAAUGAAGAUUACAAUGUCUUGAUUGAAACAGGUGAAGGAGAAAAAAAGAAAAUUUUUAAAGCGCACUCGAUCAUUCUACGUCACCGUUCUCCAUACUUUAAUGGAAAAUUGGUGAAUCUAAAUGGAAUUAAAGAAAUUAAAAAAAAUCAUAUUUCACCAAAAGUAUUUGAUAUCAUAAUCAGGUAUAUUUAUGGAGGAUCUAUUACAAUUGAAGAAGAAGAACCAUCAAUGUCAUUAGCAAUUUUAUUUGUUGCAGAUGAUUUUGGACUUGAGGAAUUGGCAAAUUAUGUUGAAAAUUAUAUGCUUGAGGUUAAUGUGAAUUAUCUUCAUGAAAAUUUUGUAUUUAUAAAUAAAGCAUGUUUUCAGCAUAAAUCCCUGAAAGGUCUACAGAAUUUUUGUAGCGAAAUUAUUGCUAAACAACCGGAAUUAAUCUUUAAUUCAAAAGAUUUCACAAAAUUGUCCGAAUUAGCUCUGAUCUCACUACUAAAACCUAAUUUAAAAGAAACUUUGCAAGAUUGUUUGCCUCUAAUAAGAUAUUUUCAUUUAUCGUCAGACCAAUUUUUUGAUAAAGUUUUUCCACAUGAGAAACUUUUACCAACCAGUCUAUUCAAAGAUCUAAUACAAUAUUUCAUUAUACCAGAUCGACUAAUUAAAUCAUCUUUAAUACUACCUCCAAGAUUUUCAACUAUAAUAACUCAGAGACAAGCAGCCUUAAUUGCCACAUGGAUAGACAAAUUAGCAUCUUCGACCAUUUACAACACACAAGAUAAUCCCAAAGUUGUGAAUAAUAGCUAUGCCUUGGAUUAUUAUUCUUAUUAUGGUCCGAUAUUUGGUGGAAGGGAUCUUGCUCUGGAAGAUAACUUCAAAGAUGAGAAAAGAUGUUGGUGUAAAAAAAGAUAUUAUGACAGAGCAAUCAGGAAGGUCGAUGAUGCAUUUUCUGUUGAAGAUUAUGAGAUAUUUCAAAUUGUACCAAAAAAUAAUAAUGCUAAUAAUAAUUAUUAUUUAAGUAACAAUAAUGAUAGCAAUGAUAUAUCAUCUUUGGAUGAUGAAUAA